CCAAAAUGUCCUCACCAGAAGAGAUCGCAGGGAAAUGGCUUCUCAGCCUCUGCAGCCGAGAACCCUCCGCAGAAAGAGACCAGCUCCUCACACACCUCGAGAAAAUAAAAUUCGAUGAAUUCUUCACCCUGCAUGGUCGAUCCCCGGUAUUUAAGGAAUACCAUGUCGAAGCCGUGCGCAGAUGUCUAGCCAAAGAACUGAGGGUGGAUUAUACCCUGGCGCGUGCACUGUUAGAGAAGGAUGAUGCGGGGGAUUUGUUUGUGGGAGAGAGGGAUUUGUUGCAGGUUGCGAUUAAGAGGGCCAAGGUUGACCCGGGGUAUUUGGGUGAUGACCCAAAGAAGUCAAAUCCCGAGCUUUUGCAUAUGGUGAAGUUACUUAUGGACCAUGGGGCGGCGGUGAAUUGUUUUGAUGAUGAUGGGUAUUCGCCGCUUGUUUACGCCUCUAUCUUGGGAUAUGAGGAGCUCUUCCGUUUUUUGAUCAAGUCUGGAGCGGACAUUUCGACGGUUCAGGAGCGCAGGCCUCCAGAGCAGCUUGUCAAAAAGCGAAAGUCCGCCAAGGCUGGAGAGACUGUGGAUCCUGCAGAAGAUGAGCCCAAGGAACAGGUAACCCUUCUUCAAGUUACCCUUGACGCCUUGAUCUCCCCCCAAGAGAUUGUCGACAUGACGUGGGUUGGUUGGCCUCCUGGUGUAAACUUCGACAAACCCUUAUGGGAUCUUGAUAUUGAAGCUACCUGGGGCGGCAUCAUUAUGUAUUUGCUGGAGCAGGGGCUUUCAGGUCCGAAAGAUGAUCCGGGGUUAGUAAUGAUGCUUCAUAUUGCUUGUCGCAAGGGAUCGCUGGAGUUUGUGAAGAAGCUCUUGUCUUAUGGUGCUGCUGGUGAUGUCGCUGGACCUAGAAUGGUUGAUGGAGGACAAGGUGAGGGCUCGUCCUUUGGAACAGCGAUGCACGCUGCAGCCGCAGGACGCAAGAUUGAUAUCGCUUUGGCCUUGAUAGAACAUGGCGAAAGUGGAAGCUGUCGUCGACCAUGCAUCUUUGACUACGGAAGUACAAAGGGAGAGUUGACGCCUGUCCAAGUUGCGAUAGCAGCAGAUCGCUUUGCAGACGAUGAGGCUCUUCUCGAAUUCUUGGAAGCGUUCAUGGCACACGCGAACGAUCUUGAAAGUUCUGACUACCAGGCAGCGCUGAAACAUUGCGCACAGAACAAUGAGCUUGAUGCAGCCAAGCGGCUUCUAAACCGGGGUAUACGACUCGAAGAAGUACCAACCUGGGUUUCAGGUGUUGAUAUGGCGAAAUUGCUUGUUUCUUAUGGUAUCACGCUUGAUCCAGGGGCGUUGCAGGAGAAGGCCCUAAAGAGAGGAAGGUUGAAUCUCCUGCGCUGGUGCGUAAGCGAAUACGGUGCAUCACUACCCGAUGAUCCCAAGUCGUGGGGGCAAAUGGUAACGUGGCUUCUCUCAUCUGGAGGUAUGCACCUUGAUCAAGCAAGGUAUCUUAUCACCGAGUAUUCGGGUCCGCAUAUCGACACGGUUCUUAUUUCAAGGCGACGUCUUCAUCGUCAUAGUCUAAAACCAAGGAAGACGAGUUGGCUCCAUACUGCUAUCCUGAAUGAUAACUUGCCGGCUGUUCAGAUGCUGUUGGAAGCUGGGGCUGAUAUUACUUGUCCUGGUUUACCUGUUGAUGCACCCACUGCAAUGAGGAAAGGUGGUCGAGGGCAAUUCGGAGAUAUGGCGGAGAGGCUUGAGAUUGUGGUGAAGUUGGAGGAGAAGCUAUCUGGUAAUAAGGAGUGGAGUAUGCCUUCUUAUGAAGAGGCGAGAAAGCGUGUUGUGCAGACAGUGGCGGCUCAGAGGGGAGCUUGGGAUGAAAAAAUAGAGAGUAUGGUCAAAAGCAGACAGGAGGUUCCUUACGCAACUCCGCAGAGAGUGGAUGACUCAGUGCCAUCUUCUCCUUUGGGAGUCACUUCUUCAAUAGACGUGUAUCAGCCUCUGAGCAGCAGCAGCUCCUUUCGACUUCUCGAACUCCUCCCAUCCAGCAAUCGGACAGACCGUCUCGUCGGACGCUUAGUCGACAGCGAUAUCACGUUUCAACCCGACUACGAAGCCCUCUCAUAUGUCUGGGGAGACAUAACACCUGUCAGAUACAUCAACCUGGGUGAUCAAGAUAUCUCAAUCACACCAAAUCUCCACUCAGCACUUAUCCACCUACGAUCCCUGGAUACCGUUCGAACACUUUGGGUCGAUGCCUUGUGUAUCAACCAGUCCGUCCACGGCGAGCGAAACCAACAAGUACGCAUCAUGGGUGAUAUCUACAAAUCAGCACGGCAAGUUGUAGUAUGGCUCGGCGACGCAGCUGAUGAUUCUCAUCUCGUUUUCCAGCAUCUCAACGACGAAAGUAUACAGGACUCAUUUCCAAACUAUGCAACGCCACCGGAAGACAAACGCCGGGCUUGGAGCGCCCUUGUCAAAAGACCUUGGUUCUAUCGCACAUGGGUGAUUCAAGAGAUCGCUCUUGCUAAACGAGCUGUUAUCAUGUGUGGUGAAGACUCCACCGUUUGGAGGAAUGUUGAUGCGAGUUGGAAACCUGACUUUUCGGGUGGUGGAAAAGAGUUGUCGACGGUGAGAAGCUCGCCUGGACAUGAAUCUGAUCAUCCCAUUGAGGGAUUCGAUCCGGAUAGGCAUGCUUGGAGACUGAGACUCCUCGAAUUUGGGAGUGAUCCUAUGAGUAUUCUGAGGUAUAGUCGCGUUUGCCAGACUACUGAGAUUCGGGAUAAGAUCUAUGGUAUUCUGGGUUUGUUUGAACCGGGUUUCAUACCCGUUGACUACGAUCUCCCGGUAGAGGAUAUCUUUCGUCAGUUCACACAGGCUGUGAUUGUACUCACCAACGAUCUUCGCAUCCUCAAGCACCUUGGUGUCAAGCGUGUUUAUCCCAAUCUUCCAUCCUGGGUCCCCGAUUUCAUAGACACUUCGACCAAGAGCCUCCCUGAAAAUUCAUGGUACGCACCGUAUCGCAAAGACGCGGAAGAGAAUUACGAUGUUCGAUGUGCGGAUGGAACACGGCUUAGUUUUCCUCGUGCUAGUCUCGGGAGGGAGUAUCUCCCAGGAUUGGCAUUUUCUAAACAUGGGAGUUUGACUAUCAGGGGAAAGAUGGUUGAUGCGAUUCUUGAGGUUGGCCCUGAACUUGAAGACGGAAUUGAUCAUGCACCGGGAACCGAGAGCUUUUCGAGGGUGUUGAAAGAGUGGGAGACUCUCGCUGCGAGACUGAUUCCGGAGUGGAAGGCAUCUGAAUCUUCAGUUACCGAAGCUUUUGCAGCGACGCUUGCAGCAAGUCAUGACUCUGAACUUUUCAGCGUUGGCGUUGGUUUCACACAAUGGUAUCGACACUGCGGCACAGGUAUCCUCGAGUCAACAGAUCCAUCUAUGUUUCUCCGUAAUCACGAGUUCUAUCUCUGGUGGUUAAGCGUCGGGAAGGAAAAGGAAGAUAAAGACGCAAACUCAAGUUCUGAAGAAGAAUCUGACAAAGAAGCCGAGGUCAUAGGGUAUGAUCUCAAGGAGUUUUCCGAAAAGUUCACCAUUGCAAGCUACGGUCGAUGUCUUUUCACGAGUAAGAAGGGGUCUUUAGGACUUGCGAGUCCGAGGGCGAAAGCUGGGGAUCGAGUUGUUUACUUCCCUGGUACAGAUGAACCGUUUCUUUUGAGGAAGAGAGAGGGCGAGGGGUGGAUGUUGGUGAAUGAUUGUUAUUUGUAUGGCCUUGAUCUAGAUAUGCUGUUUCAUGAUGCGGAGCAUUUAGUUGAGGAUUUUGAGAUCUACUGAGGAGUGAGAAGUUAGUUUAGAGUAGCAAGAACAUCUUGGGGCAGCCAAAUCUCAAC